GAAAAUGCGAAGGACAGACAAGUUAUUUUCGAUUUAUGUCUAGCUGUUAAACUAUGUUGGCAAUAGUACUGCGAGGCCGUUUUGGUCCCAUUUGUGACCAUUGUGUCAAGCGUACGCUUGAAAACUUGCAGCGUCAAGGUAUUUCAUCUUUCCCGAGACGACAUAAAAUAUUACGUCUGAGUGAUGUUGCAUUACAGCGAAGUAACCGGAUGUACAGCAUGCAAGCAUGGCACAUCAGAUUGUCUCCCCCUGGGUCACAGUUGAACAGGUUAUACAGCCGGAGGAUGUUUCACAUACUUAUGACGCCCAUUUCACCACGGACACCAACAAUACUUUUAGCAACAAACUUUCGAGAGAUGUCGUCAAUUGGUAGACUGGCGAUGAAGUUUACAAAGCUUUUGAAAUUGCGCUAUCUUAUAUUGACGGGAGCGAUCGGCGGAGGUGUAGCUGCUAAUACGAAAUACCAAGAUUUAAAACAGUAUUUUCCCGACUUGAGCUGGAUGAAGGAAUACGUCCCUGAAAGUGAAUCGGUGGAGAAGUUUAUGUCUGCCUUCAGAAAUGCUGCAAAAAGGAUUCAAAUGCCAGAAACAGAUUGGCUGAAGGCGAAAUACCUCACUCAGAAAGCUGCCCUUGCUGAUUGGUUGGAAGAAAAGACCCAGUCGUCCAGUGGAGACCUUGGCUCGACACUGAUGGAAGGUAACCGUGGUUUGGGGUUAAAACAAGAGUUGCAAGUGGUUGAUGGUUCUUUGCCAGAUGCAGACUUACCUAUGACUGCUGGAGCGGUGUUUGGUGGAGGAUCUAGGUCUGCGGUUGAUAGCAAAUCAGACCCUGCAGGAAAGGCGAGAAUUGAUCAGAUUCAGAAUGAAAUGAUGGCUGUUCAGGCGAGGUACCAGAAAGAGAUUGAGAGGUUGGAACAGGACAACAAGGAGUUGAGGAAACAGCUGCUGUUGAAAGAAAUGAAGACGGGAAAGAAGCGAGUGAUGAAGAAGUCUUUGAUAGACUUGUAUUCCGAUGUGCUGGAUGAACUAAGUGUGUAUGACUCAAGUUACAACACCCACGACAACCUGCCCAGGGUUGUAGUUAUUGGUGAUCAGAGUUCUGGGAAAACCAGUGUGUUGGAGAUGCUAGUGCAAGCCAGAAUAUUUCCACGAGGUUCCGGUGAAAUGAUGACUCGUGCUCCUGUGAUGGUGACCAUGAGUGAAGGUCCGUACCACACGGCCAAGUUCAAAGACAGCAAUCGAGAGUUCGACCUCACAAAAGAAUCGGACCUUGCAGCGCUGAGACGAGAAGUUGAGUUGCGGAUGACAGCCUCGGUAAAGAAAGGACAAACAGUCAGUAAUGAGUGUAUAUCCAUGAUAGUGAAGGGUCCUGGACUUCAAAGAAUGGUGCUUGUUGAUCUUCCUGGCAUUAUUUCUACUGUGACAACAGGCAUGGCUUCGGACACUAAGGAGUCUAUCAGCAAGAUGUGUCGCAGUUUUAUGGAAAACCCUAAUGCAAUUAUUUUGUGUAUCCAAGAUGGUUCGCUUGAUGCGGAGAGGAGUAACGUCACUAAUCUAGUGAGUCAGAUGGAUCCCACUGGAAAACGGACGAUAUUCGUACUCACCAAGGUCGAUCUCGCCGAGAGCAACCUGUACAACCCUGACAGAAUCAAGUCAAUCCUGGAGGGUAAACUGUUCCCCAUGAAAGCCCUCGGUUAUUUUGCAGUUGUUACAGGAAGAGGCAACACCAGUGACAGUAUCAGCAAUAUUAAAGAGUAUGAAGAUAAAUUCUUCCGAAAUUCAAGAUUAUUCAAAGACGGUGUUCUCAAGCCCACACAGAUGACGACGGGAAACCUUAGCAUGGCCGUGUCGGAUAUCUUCUGGAAGAUGGUCAGAGAAACGGUGGAACAGCAGGCAGAUGCAUUCAAAGCCACAAGAUUCAACUUGGAAACUGAAUGGAAAAACACCUUUCCAGGAAUUCGUGAGUUAGAUAGGGAUGAGUUGUUUGAGAAAGCAAAAGGUGAAAUUCUUGAUGAAGUUGUUAACUUGAGCCAAGUUACUCCAAAACAGUGGGAAGAUACGUUUUACAAAAAGUUGUGGGAUAAGAAUUCAACGUUUGUGAUAGAAAAUAUUUAUCUGCCUUCUGCCCAGGCUGAAAAUGCAGGAACAUUUAAUACAUCUAUUGAUAUCAAGCUGAAGCAGUGGGCAGAUGUUCAGUUGCCAAAAAGAUGCGUUGAGGUUGGCUGGGACACCCUCCAUGACGAGUUUCAGAAGUUGGUGGAGCGAGACAAGGAAAAGCGUCACCAUGACGAUAUUUACGACCAGCUAAAAUUGGCUGUCAUUGAGCUGGCCAAACAGAAACAUAGCUGGGACGCUAAGGCAGAGGACAGUUUGCGAGUGAUCCAGCUGAACGUCCUGGAGGAUCGGUCGGUGACCGACAAACAGCAGUGGGAUCAAGCCAUCAAAUUCAUGGAGGAUACGCUUAAAGACAAAGUGAAGCAGGCUGAAGAGGUGAUAAAGAAACUGCUUGGGCCAACCACCUUUGAACAGUGGACACAGUGGAAAGGCCUGACCGAGGAAAAUAGGAAUAGGGUUGCGACGAAGAACGAGUUGGAUAAAAUCAUUAGUUCACAGCCACAACACAGUUCCCAUCUGGUUCCGGACGAGCUGACAACCGUAAGAAAGAACUUGCAGAAUCAGGGAAUUGAAGUCACCAAUGAUUUUAUACGGGAAACAUGGUACCAUACGUUUCGGAAACACUUUUUCCAAAAGUCUAUGAACAAGGCACAAGAGUGUAAAAAAGGAUUCUACUAUUACCAGAGUGGUUUCGCAGACACAGGCCUGGAUUGCCAUGACAUCGUACUGUUCUGGCGACUACAGAGGAUGCACCAGGUCACCAGCAAUGCUCUGCGACAGCAAGUCGUUAACAAUGAAGCUCGCAGACUUGAGCGUAUCAUAAAAGACUCUUUAGAAGAGAUAGGAGACGACAAGGACCACCUAACAAAGUUACUCACUGGGAGGCGUGUCCAGCUAGCCGAGGAGAUGAAACGAGUUCGACAGAUUCAAGAUAAGUUAGAAGAAUUCAUACACGCUCUGAAUAAAGAGAAGUAGUCAAAGACUUCAAAAUUUACCUCAGCAUCAUUUCUACAAAAGGACGUGUAAAUGUGUCGUUAAAGUGGUGUGUUUCAGAAAUUUUUAAAAGACUGCUAGGAGUUUGUGGUGUGACGUUUGAAAAUAGUUGUUUGUAGACAUGAUAACAAUUUAUCAAUUGGCUUUCAACCAUUUGCAUGUGGUCUAAUGCAAUGGAAACAGACUCUCCUCGACGCCUCAUUAGAAUAAUGUGAUUUAUAGUUACAAAAUGCCCUUCUGUGUAUUUCAUACUGGCCGCAUUUAUGGAACUAACUGUUGUGUUGUAGGCUUAUUUCGUAGCUUUUCAAGAAUGUAAUUGGCCUCUCAAAAAUGCAUUUGUAGCACCUCAGUAGUUGUUGUGUUUUAUACAGCAACAGAAAAAUAAACUACAGUGGAGCCACUCAAAACCGAACGCCUUCAAAACCAGACAUUGUUUACAGUCCCUUUUUAAAUAACAGUACAGGACAUAACCUCUUUAAACAGGAUACCCCUUAAAACCAGACUUUUUACUUGGUUUUGUGGGUGUCUGGUUUAUAGGGGUUUUACUGUAGAAAUGUAGGAGACAUAUAAUCAUCUCUUAAGUGAUGUAGAACACUUUUUCACCUGGUGUAUUUUUAUCUUGAAUUAUUAUUAUACUUUAAUUAACAUUAAAAUAAAAUAUGUUGGCUUAAAGUUAUCAAACGUAUUUAUAAAUAUAGAUCUUUUUAAUAUGGCUUGUGACUAUGUUAUAUUAUUUCUCGAAUACCAAAAAAUAUAUUGUCCAUGUUAUAACUCGACUCUGUUGUAAUAAAUGUUUUGUUUUACAAUGACCGUAGGAUGUAAAUUAACCAUAUUGGAAUGGUGUACAAUACCAUACAAUACAAUACAAUAUUAAAAUAGUGUACAGUACAAAUGGACCAUAUUGUAAAAUAUUUUUAUUGUAUCAUGUCCGAUAUUAAUCCAGUAAUAUACACCUGGCUCCGUAUUCAUAAACAUACUUAAGUCAAUGUAUGAUACCUAAAUAGAUACUUACAGUACAUAGAUAAGUAUUAUACAUUCACUUAAGUACAUUUAUGAAUAUGGAACCUGAGCCCCGUUCCACGAAGCGAUCUUAGACCUAAGAUUACCAUAACUUCACAUAGACGCUACCUGUUAUCUCUGAAAUGAGCAGCUUGACCCCCAAUUUUUUUCUGAUUCACUUUAAGGGUGAGGGGUGGUAGUAUUUAUAUUCAUGGAGUAUAUAUCAAUUGAUAAGCUGCAGGUAGAAGUAUCAGCCACAUAUGUAACUAUUGUCAUCUGUGGGAUUUGAUUUGGUGGUAUAGACACUUAAGGUGAUCUUAGCGCUAAGAUCGCUUUGUGGAACGGGGCCCUGGAAAUCAAUUAAGCGCCAACUAGUUUUAACCAUAUGACUUACACUUCAGAUGUAGUUGUGACCAUUUUGCAAAUAUCAAAAAAAAAAAAAAACCCGCACGUUAUUGGAUUACCAAAUGUUUGACAUCCAAUAGCCGAUGAUUAAUAAAUUAGUGUGCUCUAGUGGUGUUGUUAAACAAACUAAAACUUCUUCAUCAGAGGAA